AUGGACUUGAGCAAACUAAAGGUGACUCCUACAUUAAUCGAUGAAGAGAAGGCAGCCCCUAGUCCAGAAGUUAGCAAAUCUCAAGAGCACCAUAAGGAGACAGCAAUCAAAGUAGCUGAGGGACAACCGCAGAAAACAGAGCAGGUCUUGGAAAAAUCAGAACACACUACCACUAGAAAAAAAUCAAAACAACUACAAAAGCCCACUCCACCCACCGAGGAGAAGAAAGCAAAACGUGAGUACCAGCAUCUUCGAGGGCCUCUUCGUUCAAGCAAUUUGCGUCAUGGCACUACUCCCUUGGCAGAUCUUGAGAAAGAGCCCCCAGUUAAACAAACCAUAGAAUCAUUACCCACAGAAAAAGAGCCUCCUGCUCUCCUCCCAUCUUCAUUUUACAACAUGCUUAAAAUCCAGGCUGGCCGGCCACCACAGCGCAGCAGUGCCCUGACCUUUGAUGAUUCUGGCAACGUUACUUCAGUGCGCAAAUUGGACAUCACCAAAUUACCCAGGCAUGAGGUGGAGGUGCUGUGGGAGGUGGUGGAACCCACCAUGAAGGCAAAGCACUCCUGCAAUGAAACCCUUCAUUCUGUAAAUAGCAAAUUGAAAAUACAGACAGUUGCAGACUCCACUUUGAAAAAGGAGAAGCAGAAGGGAAAACUGGAACCCAAAAAGCAGGUUUUUCUUAGCACACUGCUGGAUCCCUCUGAUGGUAUGCUGCCAGGGCCUCUACCCACUGCUGGCCGUGUGCUCUGGGAUUCUAUGGAGCUUUCUCCUGGGGUGACUGUCGCCGAUCCCCUCGGCAAAAAGCGAGCCUCCUUCAGGGAGCCAUCCUGGCUACACAGUAGAGACAUAAUGGAUGAAGAAACACUGAGGCCAAUCCAAGCAACAGUGCAGAGGCCCACAGCCACCACAGAACAGAUGAUUACUGGAAAGGCAGCUAUGGUUCGAGGCAAUCCAGUGAAGCCUUUCAAAGAUGAAAAAGCAGAACUUUUCUUGAAUUUCAGCACCUCACCUGUACAGCUUAGUUCUAAACUCAGAAAGAUUUGUGAUGAACAAUCACAGCUUUUCACUGAGAUCUCUGAAAUCACACUAAGCAAAGCUGCAUUUGCAACAAUUGAGGUGAGGCCAAAAAUCCCUCAGAAACCAAUCCCACCUACUGAGGAGAAAAAAACAAAUAAGGAAUAUCAAUACCCUAGAUGGGCCCAUCGUUUACCAAUUCUGCACCGUAUUACAAAGCCCCAGGCUGAAUCUAUGGAAAAAUGUCUUGUUCUACCACUGUCUGCAUCGAAAACGAGCCCCAAAUUGCUUCCCACUUCAUUUCAGACCCUGCCCAAGAUUCUAGCCAGACAGCCCCUGUUGAGCAACAAAGCUGCAACUUUCCAUGAAUUUGAUCACGUUUCUCCAUUACAAAUCCUGGAUGCAGCUAAGAUGACUAUGAACCCAGUAGAUAUGACAUUGAAGGUUGUAGAUCCCAGCACAGGGGAAGUUUGUUUAAGAGCGAAGCCAUCUAAUGCAAGAAACUACCAAAGAAGUAUUUCCCUCAAACAAAGUACAAGAGAACUUGAAACAUUUAACUUGGGGGACAGACUGCCUUCUACCAUUGAUGAUUUCUACCUACCACCUUUCCACUGCAAAAAUCAGACGUUAAGCAGAAGCCAGGGUCCCAAACACCACAUAUUCUCCUGUGGGGAUCAUCAUACAUCUCAAGAGAUUUACUCAGCCCAACAUGGACUUGUUUCAGUUAAUGACACUAUGAUCUGGGACUCCAUGGAGCUUUCUUCUAAGAUUAUAGAUAGAGAUUCCGGUGGAAACCGGCAUUUUUCUUUGAAGGAAGUUCCACAGCACCUUCACAGAUACAACCUGAAUUCAGAAGCAGCAAGAUCAAUAAAGAUACCCUCUGCGAAUGAUAAAGACAUAUUUGUAUCACUUUUUUCCAACAUCAACAAGCCGCAAGACCAGGUUAAGUCUAAACUAAGAAAGUUGAAUGAUGCUCAUCCGUGGCAAGUGGAACAGUAUUCUGAGGUCAAUCUGAACAAAACAGAAAUUAUACCAGGUGGCACCAAAGCCAAAUAUCUACAAAAGCCUUCUCCACCUGCUCAGGAGAAGAAAAACAAUCGAGAGUACCAACGUCAUAGAGUGCAUUUUCGAUCUGGCAGCCUGCAGUGCAACACAACUUCUUCAGCAGACCCUGAGCUGACAUUUCUACCCAAAAGAGCCUUUGGAACGCUACCUGAAAUAAAGAAGAACCCUAAAUACUUACGAACUUCAAAAUACAACACUUUUGAAAACAAGGCUGAAAGUUGGCCUAAAUUCAACAGAUUUCGACCUUUCAAUGAAUUUGCCAAUAUUUCUUCACUACAAGGAACUGAACCUGGUAAGAUUCACAGACAACUGAUGGAGCUGACAUGGGAGAUAGUGGAUCCUAGUGUGGGUGAAGUGCACUUGAGACUGAAGUCACCACUGAGAUUUGUCUACCAAAUUUGA